AUGCUAUGCAUGAGAUUGAAGACCGUGUUACCAGAAAUCAUCUCAGCAAAUCAGAGUGCAUUUGUGGCAGGGAGAAGUAUAGUUCAGAAUGUCCUAAUCUGUCAAGAUCUGGUCAGGCUAUAUAACAGGAAAGCAUCUACUAGAAGCUGCCUGAUAAAGAUAGAUUUAAGGAAGGCCUAUGAUACUGUGGAAUGGGAUUUUGUACAGGAGAUAUUGCAUGCUUUAAACUUCCCUAGCAAGUUCAUACAAUGGAUAAUGCAAUGUAUUACAACUACAAAGUACUCUAUAGCAAUCAAUGGAGGGAUAUAUGGUAACAUUGAAGGGAAAAGAGGGUUAAGACAAGGUGACCCCAUCUCACCUCUAAUAUUUGUCAUAUGCAUGGAGUACUUCACUAGGAUUAUGCAACAUGUAGCUACAAUGCAGGGAUUUGAGUACCACACAAAAUGCAGAGGGCUGAAGCUGAAUCAUCUGUGUUUCGCUGAUAAUGUACUACUAUUCUGUAAAGGAGAGGUACAAUCAGUGAUGUUGAAGUUAAGGGGACUGGCUGCUUUCUCAGAAGCUUCUGGGUUGCAUACUAAUGCCACAAAGUCUAAUAUAUAUAGUGCAAACAUGAAGCAGCAAGAAGUGUAUGAUAUAUGUGAGCUGACUGGGCCUAAGAUAGAAGGGGGGCUAGGGAUAAUUGAAUGUGAGGCUUGGAACCAAGCAGCCAUUGCUAAAUAUGUUUGGAAUAUAGCAAAAAAAGCAGACAAUUUGUGGAGGAAGAUCUGCUCAAUUAGAGACCAAUUUGCAGCAGGAUACACUCAACAGGGGUGGCUAAAAGCAGACGGGAAGUACACAACAAAGAGUGGAUACCAGUGGAAACAAGGAAGAAGAGAUAGCUGGAGCCAUGGUAGAUGGGUGUGGGACAGAAAUAACAUUCCAAAGCAUAGCUUUAUAUGCUGGUUAGCUAUGCAUAGAAGGCUCCUAACGAGGGAGAUGCUGGCAAAGCUAGGAAUGUGUCAAGAAGAUCAGUGUGUCAUAUGUGGAGAAAAAGCUGAAAUAAUUGACCAUUUGUUCUUUGAUUAA